AUGAUAGGUGGAGGAUCUGGUGGUGGUUGUGGUGGAGGAGGCACCUGUGGAGGAGUUAAGAUCAUAGGAUCAAACAGUAGCAGUGGAGGGGGCUUUGGCAUUGGAGGAGGGUCCAGUGGAGGGGUUAAGAAUAUUGGUGGGGGAUCUGGUUGUGGGGGAGGCAGUGGAAUUAAGGUUGUAGGUGCCGGAUCCAGUGGAGGGGGAUCCAUUUGUGGAGGUGGGAGCAGUGGAGGAUCUGGUGGUAAAACCAUCACUGUAAGUGGUGGAAGCAGUGGCGGCCAGAGCUCUGGCGGUUGCAUUGGAGGUGGGUCCGGUGGUGGUGGUGGAUCAGGUGGACAAACCGUUAUAGUCCCAUGUGGUGGAGGUAGUGGCUGGGGUGGUCAGACUGUCAUAGACCCAUGUAGUGGAAGUAGUUGUGGUGGCAGUAGUGGCCAGAGCUCUGGCUGCAGCAUCGGAGGAGGAUCUGGGAGUGGGGGCAGCUCAGGUGGCCAAAGCAUCAUAGUCCCAUGCGGUGGAAGUAGCGGGGGUGGCCAGAGCUCUGGCUGCUUCACUGGAGGAGUCUCUGGUGCGGGCAGCUCAGGUGGUCAGACCAUCAUAGUCCCAUGUGGAGGAAGUAGUGGCAGUGGCAGUAGUGGCCAGAGCUCUGGCUGCUGCAUUGGAGGAGGAUCUGGGAGUGGGGGCAGCUCAGGUGCCCAAAGCAUCAUAGUCCCAUGUGGUGGAAGUAGCGGGGGUGGUCAGAGCUCUGGCUGCUUCACUGGAGGAGUCUCUGGUGGGGGCAGCUCAGGUGGCCAGACCAUCAUAGUCCCAUGUGGCGGAAGCAGUGGCAGUGGCAGUUGUGGCCAGAGCUCUGGUGGCUGCAUUGGAGGAGUCUCCAGUGGUUGUGGAGGCUCAAGUGGUCAGACCAUUAUCCUGUCAGGAGCUAGCAGUGGUGGUGGCUGCGGAGCUGGCCAGAGCUCUGGCAACUGCAUCAGAGGAGGGUCUGGAGGGGGCUCUAUGCAGACAAAGCAACCCGUUUGCCUCCCUCCUGGCAUAGGCCAAACCAAGCAAUCUUGCCAAUGGCCACCCAGCCAGAAGUAAAGAGUUCUGGGUUGUUUGCUCCAUUCUACGACGACGUGCUCUCCCAGAAAGAAAGAAAACGAGACCGACAUGUCAGUGUAUUUCGUUCUUGAUGUCAUAUCCCACCUUUAGGUGGAACAGCUUUGCAUGUUGCAUGCCUUGUUCCCUGUCUUGGUCACAAGCUUGUCUCCUCGGUGUUGCAUGUUCAAUGUGAUGCUGUCCAAAGGGGAGACAAAUGUGAAUGCUCAUGCUGGAGGAGUGUUGGCAAAAUGCUCCAUCGGUUUCCUGCUUCAGAUCUCUACUA